CAAUUAUUGUAUAGCAUAAAAUUUUGUAUUACUAAAAGCUUUCAUAAGCUACCAAAAGAAAGAUUUAUUUAGAAAUUCUUAAUAAUUUAAUUUCUGCCAAAAAAUUGAAGUGUGCUAUGAGAAAUAAUCAAAGUUAUUUAAAUAAUCAGCUAAUUAUUCAAAUAAUUGAGCGUGAUCCAAUACCACUUUAUAGAUACAAGGCUCAUGAAACUUUUUUUUAAAAAAAUCGCUUCAUUUAAAAUGUAACAAGCUGACAUAAUUAUGAUUUUAAGGUUUCAUAGAAAUUUGUGUCAUUAAAUUGAAAAUCUUAGUUAGAACUAUGGAAAAUACUCAAAAUAAUGAUAAUUAUCUGCCGAUUAUUUUAAGUGAACGUUGUCCUCCUAGAAAAAAAGAUUCAUCCGAUUCCGUAAAAAAUUCUGAUAAAAAUCGAUUAAUUAUUGCAUCUAUAGUAUGUCUAGCCAUUAUGAUAACAGAAAUGGUUGGAGGUAUUGUUUCUAAUAGUCUUGCAGUUAUUACAGAUGCUGCACACUUGCUUACAGAUUUUGGUGCUUUUAUGGUUAGUUUGCUCUCGAUCUGGAUAUCCACGAAAUCCCGUACGCAAAAAAUGAAUUUUGGAUAUCACCGUGCUGAAGUUAUUGGUGCAUUGAUAUCAGUACUAUCUAUUUGGUUAAUUACUGGAAUAUUACUAUAUUUAGCUAUAGAAAGACUUAGAUAUCAGAAUUUUGAAAUUGAUGCUUUUUUAAUGCUCAUUGUAGCUGUGUUAGCUAUAGUUGCUAAUUUAAUUUUAGCUUUUGCUCUACUUUGUCAUAAGGAUUGCUUAAAAUCUCUAGUAACUCCUAGAAAAUUUGGCAUCAAUGUGAAAUCUGCUGUCAUUCAUGUAUUUGGUGAUCUAUUGCAUGGGAUUGGUGUUUUAAUUGCUAGCCUUAUUAUUUAUUUUAAACCAGAAUAUAAAAUUGCAGAUCCAAUUUGUACAUUUAUAUUUUCUUUUGUUGUGCUUUGUACAACUUUAAAAAUUUUAAAAGACAUCUUGACGGUUUUAAUGGAAGGCGUGCCCAGCCACAUCAGCUUUAAUGAUAUUCGCAAGGUGCUUUUUUCUAUACCAGAAAUAGUCAAAGUUCAUAAUCUGAGAUUGUGGUCAUUAACAAUGGAUAAAGUGGCUCUUGCUGCUCAUAUCGUCAUUAGAGAAGGUACAAAUCCAACUUGUGUCUUAAAAAAAUCUGUGCAGAAAAUUUCUAAAGAAUUUGAUAUUUAUGAAAUGACUCUUCAGAUUGAAGAAGAUGGAGUUCUUAUGAGUGUUGGUUCAAGCAGUGACACUUAACUUUUCAAGGACUAGUGACUCUCCCAAUUCAUGAUUUAAUUAAAUAAAAACAACUUGUUUUAAUUGAAUCUUUGUUUCAUUCUAAGUGCAAAUUAAUUAUAAUGUAACUAACAUAACAAGUUAUAAGUUUUUCAUUUUAUGUAAAAUGUCUGAAGUGCAUGUAUUUAAAAUUUUUGAUUUAAAAUUUACAUUUAGGGCACUAGUUUAAACAAAAGCAGGGUCUAUACCAAUUUUCAUGAUAAAGAUUUGUUUUUGUACUACUUAAUGAAUAAAUUGCUCUUGAGUUUUAAAAAUGACAAUCCCGCAAAAUGAGAACUCGUGUUUGUCAAAAGAAUUACCAAAUCUGGCUCUAGCCAAAAGACUUUAAAAGUUCCUGUUCUUUGAUUGUUAAUUUAAUUGACAUAUAAGUUCGCAUUGGGUAUCGUAAGUCUUUUUCUCUGAACUAACUUUCUCAACUACCCACAGCUAUAUAUUGAUUCUUAGUAUGCCGUACCCUUAUUUUGUUUUGGGGCAUCUAUCAAAAUCAGUU